GAAAAAGGCUGAUGUUAUGAUGCGAAAAAUAAUGAGCAGACCUCAGUCACAAUCAACAUUAGAGGAGGAGAAUACAAAAUUAAAAGAAACUGUGACAAAACUAAAAAAGGAAAACGAGGACUUAAGAAGUCUCAAUAUUUCUUUGCAAAAAGAAUUUAUACAGGACAUCGAAAAGCUGCUUUCCAAAACAAAAGAAAAGAACAAACAGGAGGAGCAAACCACAGAGCAGUCUACAGCCACCACAAAUUUAGGCAUAAGUAAUGCCAUUCAAGAGGCAUGUGGUAGAGGAGGCAGUUCCUGCACCGCCAUGGUCAAAGACCUUGCUGUUGCCGUUUUUGGCAGGGAGGUAUUAUCCACCCAUGGACUUUCAGGAAGAGCUGGUAAUGCCAACCAUGGCUCUAUUGCCAAACCAGCCCUUGAUCCUGGGAAAAUAAAGUUGCUGUCAAUUGAUGAUUUGUUGAUACUUUACUUUUUUGCAUUUUGA